AUGGAACGACUAGGUUCAAAUUUGGUCCUGCUGUGUGGGUUGAAGCCGCCAAAAAUCGACAAGGGUGUCAUUGAUACCCUCGUCAUGCGAUCAGACGAGAACAAGUCCAUGAUAAAGGCCAUUUGCGAGACAUUCAAUGGCUCUGAGGCACAGAAUCUGUUUUUCGCAGAUUUCAUCCAAGGCAAGGGAGAAGGCCAAAUAUUGCUACUUCAUGGUCCUCCAGGCACUGGCAAAACUCUGACUGCAGAAUCCGUGGCUGAGUGGACCGGAAGACCACUUCUCAGCAUCACCGCUGCCGACUUAGGACACGAGCCCGAGGAACUUGAAAAGAAACUGCUCAGAUUCUUUCGAAACGCUAACAAAUGGGACGCCAUUGUUCUUUUGGACGAAGCUGAUGUAUAUCUUGAGAGGCGGUCGACGCAUGACCUUCAGAGGAACAGCAUUGUCUCCGUGUUUCUCCGGGCCUUGGACUACUUCCAAGGCAUACUAUUUCUGACUACUAACCGCGUUGGUUGUUUUGACGAGGCCUUCAUGUCACGAAUUCAUGUCCAGAUCGGAUACGAUGUGCUGGAUGAUAAAUCUCGGAUCCAGAUCUGGAAGAAUCAUUUCAGGAAGCUUACAAAAAAUCACGAGGAUGGAGGACGCGAGAUUCAAUAUUCCAUUACUGCUAUGGAAUAUGUAGAGAAAAGCACAGCAUUGAAGGACCUCGAAUGGAACGGUCGAGAAAUUCGUAACGCGUUUCAAACUGCCGUUGCCCUUGCUUCUUUCCAUGCGAAGCAGAUAGACGAAAAGAACAAGGAUCGUACUGGUGAGACCAAGGCGGUGCCGAAAGUCACUGAUGAUCAUAUUGAUCAAGUGGUCAAAAUGUCUCAGAACUUCAAAAGGUACAUGAGGGACACGCUUCAAUCCGACGAUGCAAGCUUUGCCCUUCAGCACGGUAUACGGAGCGAUAAGACUAAGGCGACAUGA